AUGACGGAGUUGUGGGGAGUUUUUGAAGGUAUUAAGCUUGCUAUCUCCAUAGGAGUUCAGGAGGUUGACAUCCAAGUGGACUCUUUAUUGGUGGUUCAAGCCAUUAAUAAAGGGUACUCUAUUGUUCGGAAAAGCUUGACAAUUAUUUCUCAUAUUCGAAGACUGAUGAGUCAUUUUGCGAGUGUGAUUGUUGGUCAUACCUUCAAAGAGGCUAAUCGUUGUGCAGAUAUUUUAGCCAAUAUUUGUUGUAAUUCAAUGCAGGUUUUUACCAUGUUCGAGUCAGCUCCUGUUUGCUUACAGCAACUUUUCAAUGAAGAUGCUAGAGGAAUCCCGAUAGCUAGAGUUUUUUGUUCCUAG